AUGAGAACAACCAAACGUUCUUCUUUCUUCUUUAAGGGAGUUAUUACAACAGUGGGGAAGGCUCUGUUUCCCGAGAACCAUGUAUACAGAUUGAGCAUUCGAGUUGUGGAUUUGAAUGCGGUCAAACCGGAGACGAGUUUUGCUGACAUGCUACUAUGGGUCUACACCUCCUACCAACCCGUGGUCUUCCCAGCGCCCAUCUUUCAGUUCAACUACUCGGAGGAAUUACCGCCUGAAACCAUAGUGGGCUAUGUUCCCGCGCGCUCAUUGAAUUCUCUUGACGAAAAUAUCACCUUUACCGUGCUUCGAGGACCCGAUCCCUCGAAGGAGCCUAUUCGAAUUAACAAUGGCGGCGACGGUCGGAUCACCACUAAACGGCACUAUGAUUACGAGCUCAUACUCGAUCACUCCUGGAGUUAUCUCAUAGAGGCGCAUGUCCCUAGUGGUUUCUCUGCCACCGCUUUGAUGGUGGUCAAUAUCAUUGACACGGAUGACAAUCCUCCAUUUUUCGAGUUGGUGGAAUAUCAAUCAGCACCCAUUCUUGAAACCGUCCAAAUUGGAAGUGUUGUUCUUGAAGUGACCCCUGGUGAUCGAGACACACUACCCGCCAACAGAGUGUAUCAGUACAGGCUUCAAGGAGCCGAAGCCGUGAAUUUUCGUGUAGUGGCAACUUCCAAAGGUUCAGCACAAAUCGAGACAUUUGCACCGCUGAGUUUUGCUGCCCUUCCAAUCGGUCGACCCUUCUACGAGUUUGAGUUGAUCGCCUCGGACGCAAGCUCGAGCGCCAGCACCCUGAUUCGUGUGAUGGUUCAAAACGCCAAUGUCAAUCCUCCCGUCAUUAUUCCCCUACCACGAUUGAAAAUCUUCCGCCAGCAGAUUGCCAAGGCCUAUCCUUUUGCCCAAGUUGCUGCUACUGACGAAGACGGUGGAAAUGUGAGCUUCUUCUUUGUGGACACGGUUACCAAUCGGCCGCUGAUCGAAAUGGGUCCUUUCAGAAUCGAAACUAACACAGGAAAGAUCUUGUUGAUUCGUGAACCUCAACUCAUGAACUACACCCUACCGGUUGGAGCGGCAGAUGAUGGAACGUGUCCAGGCUGUCCACAGCCUGGAACCAGUUUGGAGAGUAAAACUAUGGAGAUUAAUGUUGAGGUGGUGGAUAAAAAUCUUGUGGCGCCUCAAUUUACUCAGUGCCCAGCCACAAUGACGCUUGAGGAGUUGGCACCGGCUGAAACUAUCAUUGGAUCGGUUGCAGCAACGGACACGGAUAAUCCGGAUCUCGCGGCAAUACGCCUCCGGUAUGAACUGAUCGGCAAUACGGUAUUCGCAAGACCGCACCUCUACCUUCAAAUUGUCCAAAAUAAUGGCUCAAUUUACAAUGUCAAGCCAUUACUGCGAACCGCUGAUCAAUUUGGUGGAGUAUUGCCCGAUCAACUCUACUUCACAGUGGCUGUCUACGACUGGGGCGUGCCCGAGCUCAAAUCGUUGUGCAAUUUCCGUUUGGAGAUCGUGGAUAUUAACAACUACCCUCCUCAAUUCGAUCCCACCAGUUACACCGCGUUUGUUCAGCGAUUUUACGACUUCAGUCAGUAUCCUCUAAGCCCCAUCCUCCAAGUGGUUGCAGUUGACUUGGAUCAACCCGACACCCUCAAUGCGCAAAUUCUGUACGAAUUCGCUUCACUCGACUUGACCUUCUUCGCUAUUAAUCAAUCUACCGGCGAAAUCUCCGUGACGACGACGCUAACUGAUCCAUCCUAUACAUUUGAAGUCCAAGCGAGGAAUCCCAUUCCUUUAGCUAAAACCUGGAGGACAUGGCAGGUCGCCACUGUUACCGUUGUGACAUCUAACGCACCUCAGCUUCUUCCCCCAGUCAUCAAAACUGAAUUCGUGGCCUCAAAGUUCCUGGAAAAUAGUACAAAUCUAGCACUGGCCCAGAUAGUUGCAACGCCCUGGCCUGGAGCCACCUACGACUACUCCAUUGCGUACAUCCCAGGCGCCUUUGAACAAACUGGUUGGAUUAACAGUCCACCACCGUUUACCAGCGAGAUUGUCUACUCUUCGGAAAGAAGACCUACACUGACUAUCUACUCGGGCUCCAAUUUCCUCUAUCAAAGAAUCAAUCGGUAUAUCGUGAGAGUCAGAGCCUGCCAACAGCCCACACAUCCGGUCCUCGGUGACAUUUGUGCUGAUGUGGUGAUGACCUUCCAAUUGGAGGAUGUCAACAACAUGGUGCCACAGUUUAUUGACCAGUUCAGUCUGUCCGAGGUGGGCCUUCCUGAAAAUGCGCCUUCGAGAACAGUGGUGUUGAAGCUGUUUGCUGUGGACUUGGACCCAACAACGCAGUUCAACAAGGUUCAGUAUUCCUUGAUGCAAACCACCGACGAUAAUAAUUUUGUAAUCGAGGGAGAUUUGCUCCUUACCGUAGCUGCUCAAAUGGAUUUUGAAAGGAAGAAAAAUUACGUGUUAAAGGUGAAAGCAGAAGACAGCGCUUCAUCUUCGCUUCAAGCUAACGAGGGUAGACCAAAUUCGGUAUCUGAGGGCGAGACAGAAGCAAUGUUGUUUAACUGCUGUAUCCAUCCCAUUUUAGCUGAAUUGCCACUUACUGUAUACUUGUUGGAUCAGAAUGAUCGGUGUCCUCAAUUCAUCUCAACAACGAUGGAAUUCAGUGUCUUGGAGUCUGCCGUUGUCGGGUCUGAGGUGGGCAAGAUUAGUGCAGAAGAUGCAGACGAGACAUCAGUGCUUGUCUACACGAUGGUGGGGAGCUCUGUUGACUUUGCCAUCAAUUCUGCCACUGGCCAGGUCCUAGUUGUUCGACCACUUGGGUUGGCCACUGUACAGACUCAAAAAUACACCGUCUCCGUAAAUGACGGGGACUGUGAGGUGAGUGGGGAGGUGGUAAUAAAAAUCAUCUCCACUAACCAGCGAUUACCGGAGUUUACUCAAUCUGUGUACGUCUAUGAUGUGGUUGAACUCUCCAAAGUCGUCUUAAACGCUUCCCCCUCAGCUACAGACCCUAAUGAACCGAAAAAUUUGAACUACUCAAUCGGUGGCUUUUUUGUCAGCUACUUCAGCAUAAAUUCAACGACGGGCGCAUUGAGUAUUGUUAAGGGCAUGCCGAGGGACCAACCGGUUGGACUCCCGGUCUUCACCAUUUCCGUGAUGGCGAAAAAUCGGAAAGGGUACGCCUACGCUGAGGUACGAGUUCAACUGGGAGACAUAAACAACCAGUAUCCACGCUGGCCUUUCCCCAAUUCGAUGGUCGCUUGCCCCGAGAACUCGGCAGUGGGCUCGCAAUGCGCAAAUUUGGUUGCGCCGGAUGCAGACUUUGGAAUCAAUGCUACGUCCAAUUAUCGUGCUGUUACAAAUAAUCAAAAUUUUAGAAUCACUGAGACUGGUUCCCUUAUUCCUCUGAUCUCCUUCGACUACGAAACACUGACAUCGCAAGUCCACUAUAUUCCCAUCGUGGCAACUAACGUGGAGCCUCCGGCAAGUGGUGGACAGCUAUUCACUGUCAGCGGAACUCUAACUGUCGUUGUCUCCGACGUCAAUGAUUCACCUCCUACCAUCGUUGGAGGACCGGAUUUUGACAUAACCGUAACUGAGAGGGCCAAUGUUGGCGUAGAAGUCUUCGAAAUCUUCAUUGAGGACGGUGACGUCUCAGAUUGGGGAAAGCACUCCUGUGUUUUGUCCACACAAAACAGCUAUUUUGAUGUAGUCUACAAUCCCACAAUCGACGCCUGUGGUAUCAGACCUCUGCAGAAAUUCAAUGUAGACAGUCAACCAUCAGUGCCUCCAGAGCCUCAAAAUCUUACCAUAAUAAUCUUCGACUCUAACCACAUUCACAAGACCAUUUCCAAUGUACGAAUCACAGUUACUGAAGACAAUGACAAUCCACCCCUAAUCCGCAUACAACCGACUUCCGGUCCGGGCGAGCUUCUGGAUGGGACAUUAGGACUGGUGACUCUUGUAAACCUCCAAAUCUCCAUCAUUGACAUGAUGGCCGAGGGUGCAUGGUUUCGUCUGGAUUCCAAGUCCUCUGCCAAUGGAGCCUUUGGGAUGGACGCGAUUAAUGAUCAGUCUGCGCGCAUUCAGCUGAUCUCACGUCUCGAGAGGGAUAACCUUCUUAACCUUCUGAAAAACCCAACCACCUCACCUGUCCGCCUUCCAAUUUUGCCUUCGUCGGAGGAUGGAAGAGUACGCUGGCCUCUAAUCGUUAGCGUAAACGAUAGGCGGGAGCCCUCAUUGACUUCCACCGUAACGAUGACCUUGACCGUCAUCACGAAGGGACCUGUGCUGCCAAGCCAAGCACUGGAGGGCUACCAGGUUGCGGACAAUUCUCCCCCUAAUACACCCAUUCUUCCACUGCAAAUAGCAGCCAUGGAUCUUGAUUACCCAAAUCAAGGGAGUAAAAUCUCUUAUGAACUUGGGUCUCAAUCAGCUCAGGCUCUCAGACUUUUCACAAUCAUUAAUCAGACUGGGGGGAAGUUCAACCUCGGUCUGCGAACCACACUCUCGCGAGAAGUUGAAGGCAUGUCCUACUUCCCCGUGCCGAUUGUCGCCACACUGUCACACUUGGCAAGAACAGCCACUUCCACGUUGACAGUGACAGUAACCACUGACAAGCCCCCGGCACCAUCAAAUGCGCUUGGAAGUCUUGAGGCAUUCAUUCCCUCGGACACAAAUGCCCUACCAGAUUUACCGAUUGCCUCAAUGCCUGUUACGGAGCGAUUUGACUCCGACCGAAUCAACCGAAUCUUUCAUUUUAUGCCAGAAAAUGAGAAUGAUCUCAUGUUUAAGAUAACCGAAGAUGGCCUUCUCUACCUGCUCACAGCAUCGCCGCCAGGCAAAUUUUCGGUAAAAGCCGAUGUUGAGACAAAAUUUGAUUCCUCCCUCUCCAAUGCAUCAAGUGAGCUUGGCGUUAAGAUCAACUGGUUACCUGGCAGCGCUUUCACGAACGGUAUCCUCAUUCGGGUUGAGAAGGCGACACUAUCGUGGUUUGUCGACCAGGUCAAUAUCUCCGUGUCGACACCACGAGAUCGACUGGUUAAAGCGCUGGCUGAGAAGUUGGAGAUGAAUGUGGAGUCUAUCGCAGUUUUUCCGGCUAACUCAGUUGGGGACGCAUUAAACGUAUUUGUGGGGAUACAUGCGUCUCCGUAUGCAAUACCUGGAAGGAUAGUAGAUACAAUUGUCAACGACGCUGACCUCUAUACCGCAGCUCUGAGAGACAACAACAACACUUUGCAGGUCGGCCUGGCUACUACAGUCAACGGAAUGUCCGGGUCUGUGGAUCUACAAUGCGCCACAGAAGCAGUUGCCGUGUCUGUCUGCAACUGUCGUGGAUGCAGAAGCCGGUUAAAAACCCCCCACAUCCCCACAGAAGCAGACGCGUCAGCCGGUUUGACGUCUUCUGCAUCCGGAGUUAGUGCCAUUGGUCCCAUUCUCGAGACUUCCAUUGACUGCUGGUGCAAUGGUGGAGAUCCACAGCCACCAGCACAGGAGCCUAUUUCCUGUCUGAGUCCCGACGCCUGCUUGAAUGGAGGUUUUUGCAGUGUGGAACCUGGAACCCAGACAACAAUUUGUGAAUGUCCAGCUGGAUUUACGGGUCCACGAUGCGAGCAAACACAAAUCUAUUUUUCUCAAAGCGGUUACGCCUGGGCCCCGAACAUCGGCAGCUGCACCCGACUUCACGUUCACUUCACCUUCAAAACACCGUCCACCAAUGAGCGUGCUGGACUGCUAAUGUACGCAGGCCCGAUUAGCCAAUCGGUUGCUAAUUUGAAAACUCACGAUUUCAUCGGGCUCCAAAUCGAGCCGGGAGGACGCCAACUCAAGUUGGCCUAUAGUCUUGGUAUAGCCGGUUUGUUGACGUCAACAUUCACGGCCAACAGACGAUUGGAUGAUGACAAUUGGCACCUAAUAGAUUUAAUUCUUCUGCAAAAAGUGACCAACACGGAGGUGGUAUUGAUGGUUGACGCAUGCAGUUUCAGUGAAGGUACAAAUCAAGAAAAUGGUCUCGAAAACCCACCAAAUUUGGGAGAUUGCCUCUUUUCUCUACCUCACAACAUUGGAGUGAAUCAAGCCCUUAAUGUGGGUCAAUGGCCAUUGCAACUGGGAGGGCGAAAGUUGAUUAGCAACGUGAAUCUCUACCCUACUGAAUUGACCACCAAUCCGCUGCCUUUGGGUAGCGCUUUCAAGCAUGUUCUAGUGAAUGGCGAACUUUGGAAUCUGGUUCAGUUUGAUCCCAUCCAGAGCACUUUACCUGGGCCUUCUGUCUGUCUCAAUACUGAGGGGCAAGAUGUAUGUGCGCCUAACGGUGUCUGCUGGGAGUCCAAUGGUCAAGCGCAAUGCAACUGCAAAGCAGGUUUCCAGGAAAAGAAUGGACAAUGUACUCCUUCUGUGUUCUCAGUUGAGCUUGGUCCACAACCGAGUUAUCUUGAAUUGACGUCCAACUGGGAAUGGCCUAACCGGGUGCAGACCGAGGUUUCUUUCGACUUUCGAACACGCAGUUCAGAUGGGACGCUUGUCUAUCUUAGUGGUCCAGAGCCAAAUUUCUACCUCAACUCCUCAAUGGACAUUCGUCUCUCCAAGACGCGAUUGGAAGUGACAAUCAACUUGGGCAACUUUGACAUCCUUACCGUCUCCCCGGCCCGAUCCCAGCUCAACGACGGAGCCUGGCACCACGUGCACCUCCAACGAUCCCUCUCCUCUAUCCUCGUCGAAGUGGACGAAGGCGCUGGCCGCGGUCUCUCUGCCUUUUUGCCUCUCGACCCUACCUCCACCUUUCUCAAGUUCUCCAUUGGAAAGAAGAUUCUGAUAGGAGCAAGACGCGAUUUCCAGCCCAACAGUCCAACAUUGGCCGAUAAUGAAGUGCGUCCAGCUGCUUCCAGUAUUGGUAAUGCAUGUUUCCGAGACCUCCGUUUGAACAACGCCUGGUAUCCUCUCACUCAGGCAGAAAUUAAUGCUGCUGGCACCGAGGGUUACGUGACUAGUUUAAAAAGUUCCGGUAGCAAUCGCGAUGCCUGCUCCGAUCUUACUCCCUGUCCAUCUGACGCCCAAUGUCCGGGCCAACUUAGCUGCGUUCCCACCUGGAAACCACCAAGCGGCUAUAUGUGUCUAUGCAAUCCUGGCUGCAUUGAAGAACCUGGGAAUAAGUGCUACUGCUUGGCAAUUUGUUCGCGAUUUCCCUGUCAGAACGGCGGUACCUGUAGGCCCUCGGCAAGGGAUAGUCGAGGGUUUGUAUGCAUCUGUCCAUCGACCCAUUUUGGGCUGUUCUGUGAAGAGGAAGUCAUGCUCUCUGGACUUACCGUUGGAGGCUUUGUGGGAAUAGUGCUUGCGAUUCUCUCAUUCGUAGGACUGAUAAUCGGCGUGGCAAUUUGGCGAUAUCACAGAAAACAUGCACCUCCGCAAAUCUCGCCGGACAAAGAUCUUCGAGAGCACGUCAUGCCGUAUGCCGAACAAGCAGAUGAGAUCGACACCCACAGUUUUGACGAAAGAAUGUUUAACAUGGCCACUUCUCCCAAACCAACAGUUCCACCCAGAACACGUUCUAACGUUGGAACAGAAGGCAGAACUGCUGCCACCCCUACUACAGCAGUGCCGACAACCUCCACCGACAUUUCCAGCUUCGGGAAGGUGUUGAGAGCUCAGUUGAAGGAAAAAACGACUGAUGUGUCCGAUUACACGUUGGACUACGGUUACGAAGGUGCCAGUGAUGAGGAGGGCUUCACCGCUGAAGCCGCGUCCAGCCUAGUCCAUCCUGAAACCUCAUCUGGAUUCAACGGUAGUGGAGAGCCAUUCGGUGACACAUUUGAUGCGCUAUACCAACUCUCGGAUAGGGAGCAUUUUUCCAGAGAUAACUAG